UUGUUUUUUCCCACUCGCGGACGAAUUUAGAGUUUGCGUCGGGAUAAUUCGGAGCUCUGCCUCUGAGCUGCGGAGAUGGUGUGCGGGCUUUUAGAAGGGAAGCGCAGCUUGGUCAUUGUAGUGUAGAGUCGAGACCGUGGAAUUGCCCUGAUCCAUCUGGAAGCGAGGGCGUGCGGAGGCGGCGAGCUUCGGUGUGACUGCGUCUGCCCAAUCCAUCGGAGGGGCUUGAGCAGUGUUUUGCAGCUCAAAGGAUGUGUGAGCUGCUUGGAGUUAUGGAGCUUUUGCCUCUUGUUACCUGGUCUAUAAUAUAUAUUACCGCCGAUUCAGUGGCACUGGAAUUUUUUAUGACUCAACAGCCUGCUCCAGUAAUGGACUUGGAAGCGGUGCCGCCGCUGCGCCCCAAGUGCUCGGAUUGCAUCUAGCUUUCACCUUUGACGUAAUCACUCUCUUCGGAGAUGAACGGCGAAUACUCACACGGAUGUCAAAUAGAAUAUGGAUGGUUCCUUGUCGAAGCAGAUACUGGAAGCAGUCAGGUUUAAGGAAAUUUACGAGAGGGAUAUGCCGCAGCAUUGCUUUUUGUGUACAUCACACGGAUUGGAAAUUAUUGGUUAACAAUUCACUAUUUAUGUGAAAGGUUUUCCCUAUUACAUACCACCAGCAAAGUAUGGAGCGGUACAAGGUUAUGAGGCAGUUGGGCGAUGGGACGUAUGGAAGUGUCUGGAAAGCAGUUAAUAAUGCCACUAACGAGGUCGUGGCGAUCAAGAAGAUGAAGAGGAAAUUUUACUCAUGGGAUGAAUGCAUGAAUCUAAGAGAAGUGAAGUCUUUGCGGAAGCUGAAUCAUCCUAACAUCGUGAAGCUGAAGGAGGUUAUCCGUGAAAACGAUGAACUGUUUUUCGUUUUUGAGUAUAUGGAAUACAAUCUUUACCAGCUUAUUAAAGAUAAUGAUAAGCCUUUUUCCGAAGCCAAAGUACGAAAUUGGGCUUUUCAAAUUUUGUAUGCUUUAGAGUACAUGCACAAGCAUGGAUAUUUUCACAGGGACCUGAAACCAGAAAAUCUCCUGGUCACGAACGAUGUGAUCAAGGUAGCUGAUUUUGGCCUCGCGAGGGAAGUGCUUUCGUGUCCACCGUAUACCGAUUACGUCUCUACUCGUUGGUAUCGGGCACCUGAAGUGCUCUUGCAGUCGCCGACUUAUUGUGCGGCUAUAGAUGUGUGGGCAGUGGGAGCAAUAAUGGCUGAACUUUUCACCCUUCGUCCACUUUUCCCUGGUGCAAGUGAGGUAGACGAAAUAUAUAGAAUCUGUGCCGUUAUUGGGUCUCCUAGCCACUAUACAUGGUCGGAUGGAAUGAAGCUAGCAGCUUCUUUGAACUUUCAGUUUCCUCAGCUCUCAUCAACGCAGUUAUCUCAACUGAUUCCGACUGCCAGCUCAGAAGCCAUCAACUUGAUAUCUGCCAUGUGCGUCUGGGAUCCCCAUAAAAGACCGACGGCUUCUCAGGCAUUGCAGCAUCCAUUCUUUCAAGUUCAUAAGCGUAUACCGUCAUCAAUCCCUGGAUGCGAAUUUGUGCAACCAAGAGCCUUCGUGCCUACUGUGGUCAAGGCAAACUAUUUGGUGAAUAAGGAAAUAGAGGGCCGAGCAAGAGUAAAGCGUGAAAAUUCUGUCUGGACAAAGCAGCAUGGGAAUCCUAUCUCAAUGGGUAAAGUGAGGCCAGGUGUUAAUCGAUCGUCUAUCAGUCCAGCUGUCCCGCCAUUAAAUCAUGGCCGAGAUUCAGUGAUACCUGCUACAAACCCUUCCAUACCAGGUCUUCCAUCUCGGUCUCACAUGAAAACUUCUGUCGUACCCUCCAUUCCCACUUAUACCAGAUCUCAGAUGUCGACUGGAGAAACCUACCCGCAGGCUUUUCAUGCAUACCCUGCUGUAUCUGCAAACCACAGACGAGGUUAUAAUAUCCGAAAUUCCUACAAAAUGACAGUUGCGUAACGCUGAAAUCCCCGAAGAUUCAUAGACUUCCUUACUGCGAGAUUGUCACUAUUAGAGUAUUGUCAGUCUGCAGUUGGUUUACGUGGAUCAGGCGUACUAUGGAUAAGAAGGUUGUAGAAUGGUUUUGAAGAGUUGGAUAAAUAUUUGACCUCACCUCAAAAUCCUUGAAUAUUGAACCGAGCGACUUAGUGUUGAAUGUAGUACUUUCAGAUUUGAGUUACAUGACAUCAGUUGAGUGCUAGUAGACGAGGUACUAUGUUAUAAUUAUCAGUUGGCAGGCUUGUAGCUUGUUGAUUUCGUGGGGUACAAUGUUGGAAGCUAUAGAAUGCCGGAAGGAUUUUGAAGGUUCUUUUCCCAUGCUGUCUUAUACUGCGAAUACUUUGUUCUUCACAAAUUUGACUAGAGCUAUCCACGUCUUGAUUUUCUUAGGUCGAUAGGGAUGUCCAAGAAAUCAUUGUAAUGUUAAGCAUGCCUCAGUAAGCGAGAAUACUUGAGUCUACAGCUGUAUACAGUCAAUAAGUUGUUUUAACUGAUUUGACUGGCGUGCAUGUCUUCUACAGCGGAAAUGCACGUGCACCAUUAGACCUGCUGAUUGUGUCAUGGCGAAUAGUAAACCGCUAUUUAGCGUC